AAAUGGCCAAAAUACCACUCACAAUUGCAGUAUUUUUGUCCAAUCCAUUAUGAUGUUUUAAGCUGCAUUGAAAGGUUUAUUACUGCUUAAAAUAUUUUAAAAUAGGCAAAACGUCCUCUGUGCGUCUUUCGACUAGGCAUAGGUGCAAAAGUGUAAGUACCUAUGUCAUCGAAAUGGCUACCAAAACUUCUGACGACAUUGUCAUCACUGGCAUUUCCGGCCGCUUCCCCGAAAGCUCAAAUCUGGAAGAAUUCAAACAACAACUAUUCGACGGCGUCGACCUAGUGACAGACGACGAAAGACGUUGGCCAUCAGGUCUUCACAACCUUCCCACACGCACCGGAAAAAUGAAAGACAUAUCUCACUUCGACGCUACCUUCUUCGGCGUCAGCCCCAAACAAGCCCACACGAUGGAUCCUCAACUGAGAUUUCUUCUCGAAUCAACUUACGAAGCAAUCGUCGACGCUGGUGUUAACCCCAACGACAUAAAAGGUUCAAAAACGGGUGUCUACGUUGGAGUUUUCCAAAACGAAGCGAGGGAUUAUUGGACAAGAAACCCAGACAGAAUCAAAGGAUACGGCUUAAAUGGAUGUAGCGCUUUUAUGUUUGCAAACAGAAUAUCUUACACUUUUGAUUUCAAAGGGCCUAGUUAUGUGGUGGAUUCGGCUUGUUCGGGUAGUAUGGUGGCUUUGCACCAAGCUGUUUGGGCAAUGAAGAACGGGGAGUGUGAUGCUGCGAUCGUAGCAGGGGUGAAUUUGCUUUUGAGACCUGAAACCUCUUUGGAGUUUUUAAUCAUCGGUAUGUUGAGUGCUGAAGGAAAAUGCAAAUCGUUUGAUGCGGAUGGAAACGGCUACGUGAGGUCUGAAGCCACAGUUGUCGUUUAUUUGCAAAAGAAAGAAAGCGCUAAACGUGUGUAUGCCACCAUUCUGGGAAUAAAAGUCAACAAUGAUGGCUACAAAGAAGAAGGGAUUACUUUUCCCAGUGGAAAUAUGCAGAACGUGCUCAUUCGCGACACGUACACGGAAUUUGGAGUUGACCCCUCAGAAGUGUUAUAUUUUGAAGCUCAUGGUACUGGUACCAUAGCAGGGGAUACACAAGAAGUCAAUUCAAUUGCAGACUUUUUCUGUGAAAAUCGGAAAGAACCACUGCUUAUAGGAUCUGUCAAAAGUAACAUGGGGCAUCCUGAAUCAGCCUCGGGACUGUGUUCGUUGGCAAAAGUGGUCAUCUCUAUGGAAAGUGGUUUCAUACCUGCCAACUUACAUUUUCAAUCGCCUAAUAAAAACAUCCCUGCGUUGUGCGACGGUCGUUUGAAAGUGGUCACUAAGAACGAACCUUGGCUAGGUGGUCUAGCUGCUAUUAAUUCUUUUGGUGCCGGAGGUACCAACUCACACCUUAUUCUUAAAGCGAACCCGAAAGAGAAAAUUAAACAAAAUGCACCUGGUGUACGACGUGUCGUGGCGAUUUCUGGACGCACCUCUGACGCGGUUCACACUUUAAUCGAUCAAGUUAAGAAGCAUAGACACGACGAUGAGUUCUUGUAUCUAGUAAAUGAGGUUCAUCAGGAUGGGAUUAAGGGUCACCAAUACAGAGGAUUCUGUCUUUUAAACGAUACACCAGUCGACGAAAUCGGAGAUAUCUCUUUCCAGAAGAGACCUGUUUGGUUUAUAUACAGUGGGGUGGGUUCUCAAAAGAGCAUAGGAAAAGAACUCAUGCAAAUAGAAGUGUUUCGCAGCUCAAUUAAGAAAAGUUCUGUAGUGCUACAGCAAUUUGGAAUAGAUUUAGAAGAUAUCAUAGUCAACGGGACGGAUUCCAUCUUCGAGAACGUUCUCAAUACAACAGUAGCGAUAGUCGGCGUACAGAUAGCCUUAACAGACCUUUUAAAAUUUUUAGACGUACAGCCCGACGGAAUAAUCGGACAUUCGAUUGGUGAAAUAAGUUGUGCUUACGCAGACGAAACUCUAACCGCCGAACAAACCAUUCUUACCGCUUACCACAGAGGAAAAUCUCUAAUAGACAGUGAUCUUGUCAAAGGGUCAAUGGCUGCAGUUGGACUGUCAUGGGACCAAGCACACCAAAGGUGCCCCUCAAAUGUAUUUCCCGCUUGCCACAACGCCCAAAAUAUCACCACAGUCUCUGGUCUGAGCGACUCUGUAAAAGCUUUCGUCGCACAACUAACUUCUGAAAAUAUUUUUGCCAAAGAAGUGAAAGUCAGCAAUGUCGCUUUCCACUCCAAGUACGUAGCAAAAGCGGGUCCUCAGUUCCACAAAGCACUCAAACAAAUCAUACCUUUCCCAAAACCACGAACAUCCAAAUGGAUCUCAUCAUCAAUACCUGAGUCGAAAUGGACGACGGCUCUUGCACAAUACAGCUCCCCAGAUUAUCACGUCGGAAAUUUUCUUUCGCCUGUUCUGUUCCACGAAGCUCUUCAACACGUCCCAGACAACGCUGUCGUUAUUGAAAUAGCACCUUCGGCGCUUUUUCAAGGAAUUAUUAGACGUUCGUUAGGAUCUAAAAUUACACCUGUAAGCCUUUUAAAGAAAGAGUGUGAUAACGAUGUUGAGUUUUUAUUGACAGCGCUUGGAAGGGUACACAAUGCUGGAUGCCAACCCAAAUUUGCAAAGCUUUAUCCUUCAAUGGAUUUUCCAGUGGGUCGAGGUACCCCCAUGAUUGCUCCGUACGUCAAGUGGGACCAUUCUGAGGAGUGGACGGUGCCUAAUUUUGUUGAAGAAAACUCUAGCUCUGGUGCGGUGGAAGUAGAGGUAGAUGUCACCAAAGAAGAAAACCGGUUUUUGUUGGGUCAUAGCACUGAUAGUCAAAUUGUUUACCCAGCCGCUGCGUAUGUGGUUUUAAUUUGGAAGACAUUAGCAAAACUCAAAAACAAAGAUUACGCGCACAUGCCUUUUGUAAUCGAAAACGUGGAAUUUCAUCGUGCCACGAUUAUUCCGAAACAAGGUUCUAUUAAAUUUAGUAUCAACAUCUUACAGCAAAACGGUGAUUUUGAAUUGUGCCAAGGUGGAAGCAUUGUUGUCACGGGUAGGACCCAAGUUCCUGAAAAUGUGUCCAAAAUGUUUUCAAAGCUUGAACCCAUCGACUCCCAAACAGGAGAGACGUGGUUAAAAUUAAACCACGAAGAUGUGUUCAAAGAACUGAGACUAGGGGGAUUUGAAUAUGGGGGUAGCUUCCAAGAAAUCCUGGAAACAGAUAACCGUUUUUCAAAUGGGAAAAUAAAAUGGAACAACUGGGUUAGUUGUAUUGACGCCAUGUUACAAUUCUGGGCUAUCCGUAUACAUACUCGAGAGCUUUACCUUCCUACUAAAUUACAAAAAGUUGUAAUUGAUCCUAAAAUGCAUCUUCAAGCAGCUAGAGAAUCUGACAAUGUUUUGGCGGUGUCUGCGUUUGACAACAUCGGCGUUGUUAAAUGUGGAGGUGUUGAAGUUAAAGGGUUAAAAACCAGUUAUGUUACAAGGUGCCAUCUAACGCAUUCCACUCCGAAAAUAGAAAAGUAUGAGUUUGUACCUUUAGAAGAUAAAGUCUGGGUAAGCGAAAAUGUAGCCCUAAAAAUGGUUGUGCAAACUGUGUUGGAAAACAGUGUUGGAGUUCUUCGAAUAGGAAAAAUUGAAAGUGGACAUCCGAUGGAAGAAAAGUUGCUGCUCGAAAUUGAGGAGAUCCUUAAACGGGAGCUUGUGAUAUCUGUAGAUACAAAAAUAAUUACAUCCAAAUAUCCAACUCUGACUGAUUUUGAUUUGGUGGUUGUGUCCGUUGCGAACAUAAAAACUGAACUCAGUUUUCUAGAAACCAUUUUACAGAACUUGAAACAGGAAAGUUUUCUCUUGUUAGAAGGAGAUAAGGAAGAUUUAAAUUUCAACAAUCUACCAUCUAUGGGAGUGGUUGUUAGUACUCAAGUCACUUCCACAAAAAUGUACACUCUUUUACGAAAACCAACUGAAAUUGACACAAACUCAUCUGUUAUUAAAGUAACCGAAGACCUGUCUUGGAUUGAACUAGUAAAAGAUGCAAUGAAGCGAAACGAAGACUGUGGAAACAAAAUUUAUUUGUACACUCAAGGAGACAACUUUGGUGGAUUAAUCGGUUUCGUGAAUUGUUUAAAGCAGGAACCAGGUGGCGAAAAAGUAAGAGCUGUGUUCAUCGAAGAUGCGAAUGCUCCUCCAUUCUCACUGACUCGGUAUUCCGAACAACUGCGAAAAGAUUUGGUUCACAAUGUGCUCAAGAAAAACGUUUGGGGUACUUUGAGACACAUUCCAUUUGAUAACGACAAAAUUUCGACUCAGCACGCCUACAUCAGUGCGCAGAUUCCUGGAAGCUUGGCAAGUUUGCAAUGGGUACAAAGCCGCUUAGACUUAAGAAAAAACGAGCCAAACUUGGAAUUAUGUCGUGUUUACUAUGCUCCAAUUACCUCCCACGACGUGCUUCUGGCUAUGGGAAAAUUUUCAGAGGAGAGACCAUUAAAAAGAAACCACACCCUAGGUUCAGAAUUUUCAGGACGCGACAAUACCGAUAAGCGUGUCAUGGGAAUAAUUAUCACAAGCUCUUUAGCAACAACCAUAGAAGUCGAUAAAGAAUUUUUGUGGUCUGUACCAGAGAAAUGGAGUUUGGAAGAAGCCUCAACGGUCCCUAAUGCUUACGCCACGAGUUAUUAUGCUCUUGUGGUUCGAGGCGAAAUCAAACCUGGAGAAUCAGUUCUCAUCCAUGAUGGUUCUGAAACCAUAGGUAUAGCUUCCAUACGUAUUGCGCUUAAGAUGGGUUGCAAAGUUUUUACAUUUGUCAACACUAAAGAGAAGAAAGAUUUCUUGGAAAGAAUUUUUCCAGAACUUGCAGAUGGCUGCAUUGGUCAUGAUAGUACUUUCGACGAAAUGGUACUCAAGGGAACGAAUGGAUGCGGAGUCGAUUUGGUUUUUGGUUAUGCAACCGGUGAACACUUGGAAGCAUCUUUGAACUGUUUAACGCAUGGUGGUCGCUUCCUGAAAAUAGGAAAUUUCGACUUUCCCAAAAAAAGUGUUUUGAAAAUGAAAAAUAUAUCACUCUAUGGUAUAGUCUUUGAUGCGCAAUUUAGAAGUGAGGUUUCUAUUAAGAGAAAAAUUUGGCGAUUAGUUGACGAAGGUAUUAGUAACGGUACCGUGAAACCUGUACCACGCACUGUCUUUAGAAACAACCAAAUCGAAGAAGCUUUCCACUGCGCAGAGUCCACCACACAUAUGGGGAAAUCAAUUUUGGAAAUUUGCCCUGAAGACCAAAAACCACACCCUGUUUUAGCUACGUCACGGUCUUAUUUCGACCCAAACAAAACUUACGUCCUAAUAGGUGGUUUGGGCGGUUUUGGGUUAGAACUAACCAACUGGUUGACUCAAAGAGGAGCAAAAAAGUUUAUUUUGUCUUCAAGAAAUGGAAUCCGAACAGGAUAUCAGUCGCUUCGUUUCAGAAAUUGGACACAGUCGGGAAACAUCGUUCAGAUCUUUACCGCUGACGUUACGACACUAAAGGGUACGAGGAAACUUCUGAAAGUAGCAGACAAUCUAGGACCUGUAGGCGGCAUUUUCAAUGUGGCAGGAGUCGUUCGUGACGCACUAAUGGUAAAUUUAACCGAAGCCGACUUCAAGACUGUCUGUGCUCCGAAAAUCGAAAUUACUAAACAUUUAGAUGUGGUUUCGAGAGAGCUUUGCCCACAGUUAGAACACUUUGUGACUUUUUCUUCAUCAUCGUGCGGUCGCGGAAAUGCUGGACAGUCGAAUUACGGAUAUGCGAAUUCAGCGAUGGAACGUCUUUGUGAAGCUCGUCGAGAAAUGGGUCUUCCAGGACUCGCGAUCCAAUGGGGUGCUGUGGGAGAUGUGGGUUUAGCAAUGGAGAAGACCAGAGGGAAUAAGUACGUGAAAGUAGGUGGGACGGUGCCGCAAAGAAUAGUUUCGUGUCUCUCUACGUUGGACAUUUUCCUUCAACAAUUGAAUCCUGUUGUCAGUAGCAUGGUAUUAAAAGACAGACACACAGAAGACUUGAAAACAAAAGAAAUUGGGAUGAUUGACGCUGUUGCUAAUAUUUUGGGAAUUGAAGAUGUUUCCAAAGUUGGCGAUUGUGUUUCUCUUGUCGAUUUGGGCAUGGAUUCGCUAAUGGCUGCUGAAAUCCGGCAGACUCUUCAAGGUAAAUUUGACUGGGCGUUGAGUGUUGAAAAAAUUCGGGCACUUAGUUUUGGACAGUUGAGUGAACACGAAAAAAUCUGCAAACGACCAGGAAAAGUAGGUGCAAAAAUUGAUCAACCUGUAGAGGGUGUUUAAAGGAUUUCAUUUAUGUCGUUACUUUGUUAAACGUUAUUUUUGUAUUUUGUUGUGGUAAUAAAUUUAAGUG